UGUAGAGCGGAUAGACGGGGAGACUGACGGGGAGAAGAAACCACUAAUACAGACAACAAAAGAAAAAUCGGGGGGUGAAUGAAGUAAAAAAGGGGGGCUUCGGCACAAUGGCUACGGAGGAUUCUACUGGCGGCGCUCGCAAAGCCACCAAGAGUAAACUGUUUGAGUUUCUCGUCCAUGGAGUGCGUCCAGGUAUGACAUCAGGAGCCCGGAUGCCCCAUCAAGGUGCCCCUAUGGGUCCACCUGGCCCCCCGUAUGGAGGAACGCCCCCAAUUCGGCCAGGGAUGCCCAAUCCCACCUUGGACCCAAACCGCAAACGGCCCACCACCACCCCACCGGUGCAGACCACAUCCACCCAGAACCGGCCUAGAAAGAAACCAGUGGGAUUCCAAGGAGCCAAUGAGGUUUCUGCAAGACCGUUGGACUUGCGAGAGGCCCAGCCUGAGCCAGCAGUUGGAUCCAAUGCCAAGAGAAGGAAAAUGGCAGACAAGAUUCUCCCUCAGAGGAUCCGUGAGCUGGUGCCCGAGUCGCAGGCGUACAUGGACCUUUUGGCUUUCGAGCGCAAAUUGGACCAAACGAUUAUGAGGAAGCAGGUGGAUAUUCAAGAGGCCCUCAAGAGACCGAUGAAGCAAAAGCGGAAGCUCCGACUGUACAUCUCGAAUACGUUUAACCCAGCUAAGCCGGAUUCGGAGGACUCCGAGGGCAGCAUUGCAUCCUGGGAGCUAAGAGUGGAAGGAAAGUUGCUAGAUGAUCCUGGAAAGCAAAAGAGGAAGUUCUCUUCUUUCUUCAAGAGCCUGGUUAUUGAGCUGGAUAAAGACCUGUAUGGCCCUGAUAACCACUUAGUUGAGUGGCAUCGCACUGCCACAACCCAGGAGACGGAUGGCUUCCAAGUCAAGAGGCCAGGAGAUGUGAAUGUCCGCUGCACGCUGCUGCUCAUGCUCGAUUACCAGCCACCCCAAUUUAAGCUGGACCCUCGUCUUGCUCGCCUUCUGGGCAUCCACACACAGACCCGUUCCUGCAUCAUCCAGGCUCUCUGGCAGUAUGUCAAGACUAACAAGCUGCAGGACUCCCACGAAAAGGAAUACAUUAGCUGUGACAAGUAUUUCCAGCAGAUCUUUGACUGUCCCCGUCUGAAGUUUAGUGAGAUUCCUCAGAGGCUCACUAACCUGCUGCUGCCACCAGACCCAAUUGUGAUCAACCAUGUCAUCAGCGUGGACCCCAAUGACCACAAGAAGACAGCCUGUUAUGACAUAGAUGUUGAGGUGGACGAUCCUUUGAAGACCCAAAUGAAUGGUUUUCUGCUCUCAACUGCUAAUCAGCAGGAAAUAGCGUCACUGGAUAACAAGAUCCAUGAGACCAUUGAGUCCAUCAACCAGCUAAAGAUCCAGAGAGAUUUCAUGCUCAGUUUCUCCAGAGAUCCCAAGGGCUAUAUUCAGGAUUGGAUUUGUUCACAAAAUAGAGAUCUUAAGCUGAUGACUGACGUGGCGGGAAACCCAGAGGAAGAAAGAAGAGCAGAGUUUUAUAACCAGCCCUGGUCUCAAGAAGCUGUGAGUCGCUACUUUUACUGCAAGAUCCAACAACGAAGACAAGAACUGGAACAGACCUUGGCGAUGCGUACCACUUAAACUCAUCAUCAGUUUGGAGCAAAACUUACCAGCACAUUUAUUUGCAGAAUAAUCCCAGGGAUUUUAAUCUAGUGAAAAAUCUCCAGCAUACUGGACAACUUUUCCAGUAUCCUUGAACAUUAUGAAACACUACUGGCAACUGGCACUAUUUGUUAUUUAUUGGACAGUUUGUAUAUGGCAUUACAGUUCAGUGUUGAGUUUGUAAGGAUUAUCUUUAAAAAAAAAAAAAAAAAAGACUUUUAUGGAAACAUGUUAAGCCACAAACCAGAGUCAAACAAAGCCAAACAUUUAACUGGCUGCUCAAAAAUGUGAGAAUUUUUUUCUUUUCUUUUUUUUCCUGUGUGAAUGCUUUGUACUCCAAAGAUAUUGUCUCUUUUGGCGAAGAACGAGUUUAAGCCAUGGAUUAGAGAAAAACAAAAUUUGUACUGUGAAGUUCCACUUUUUUGUUUGUCGGCAGUAUUUGUGUAUAUGACUGUGUGUUAAUAAUACUGGAAGUGUUGCGAAUCACUUUACAUUCUGCUUUAAUCUUUGUUCAUGAUCUACUGUGAGUCUGUGAAGAACUGAAUCACUGUGUAAACAUUUCUCUCUAGGUCACAAAAGAAAGUUUACCCUAACUAAGCCUUCACUCAGGCUUAGACUUAAGCAGAUUUUUUUACUAGGAUAUCGAUGUGUUUUACUACAUUAAAAAGUUGAAAGCCUUUUUACUUCUGUGAGCACAUCUGAGGACAUAAUAGAGAAAAACUGUAAAGGAUGGUACUUUAGCUUUUUUUUCUGCAUCGUCAUGACCAGUGAUUUUAUAAGAGGUGUUCAAGUUAAUCUGGGACUUUUGAUUGUGCAGAAUAACAGAACACUGUUAUGGGAAUAAAAACUACCUUUAUUUCUCUAUACAAAUCCCUGUUACACUAUUGCACUCAUCCCAAUGCUUCACUAGUGCUUGGACACCAACAGUGUAGAGAGUUUUCUCAGUACGCCGGAGCCAUCAUCUGCUUCAUGUCUGAAAUGUUGGCCCCCCAGGAACUGGUCGUCUUUCAAAAACAGAAUGCCUGUGGGGAUCAAGCUGUUUUUGUCCAAGACCGUUCAACUUGCAGAAUGCUCACGGGAGCAUCUGAAGUGGGCGCUGAGCCACCUCGGCAUAUGGCCUUCUUUAAAAGCCAUUCACCAUUCACGUGUUUUUACUGCAGUUAAGAGUCUCAUCACCGUACUGUGCUUGAAGUCUUCUGUAAAUGUCAAUCGGUUUUACACCUUCAUUUACCAGAAAUUUCAUAUUUUUGGACUUGCCUUGUACAUAUCAGUUUUGUCAAUGGCUAACCCUAGAAUACACCCUCAGUGUUGUCAGACAUUCGUUAUAAUCACACCGGUGCAUGUUGCAUGAGAACAUACAACCUGUUUUUUGGAAACAGCUUAGCAUGAAUCACUCAUCAUUGUAACUUUAUUGCCUUAAAAGCUUACUGAGGAUGCAUAUACAAAAAAAAAAAAGCAUUUAUCAAAGUUUAAGUGUAGGCCAAUUUUAUUUUUAGUAUUGUUAUGUAUUUUAUUUUGGGUAGAUAAAGUCAUUUGCAUACAUUCAAGGGAGUCGUGGCAUUGAUGGCAUAACCUUUUUACCUGUGAGACAGAUCAGUCAUAGGUUUAUGUGGUCUACAGGGUGUGUAAGUCACCUGAAUAGUCACAUUUGUAAUACAUAUAAGGUAUUUGGCAUUGAAACUGCUAUGAAAAUGAAUGUCAAAUGUAUUAAUUCUGGCACACGUGGUCCUGUAAUUUUUUCUAAGAAUGUUCUUUAUUUAUACUAAGGAAAAACGUGUUCUUAUGUGGCAAACAUUUGA